CUGGAGUGGCGGCUGGGCGGAGACCUCGCGCUGCACCCGCUCAUCGCAACGCCGGCACUCGGGACGCUGACGUUUCCCACGCUGUCCGCCCGAUGGCUGUGGCGGAGCCGCACCGAACCGCAAGCGGCCGGCGCCCAGUCGGCGCUGGACCGGCUGCAGGCCGCGUCGCCGACGCGCCGCUUCUACUACCCGGAGACGUUGACGCUGCCGGCGGUCGCGGCGGUUGCCGCCGGAUCGGUCUACCGCUGGCGCGGCGUCGACGGCGGGCUCACCGCGGACAUCGGCUACUCCGUGCGACCGGUCGUGUCGAUCGAUCACCGAUUCGAUGACCAGCCGGUGCGCAGGCCUGAUCAGGUAGACCUGGACAUCCUCUACACUCGGGUGGACACCCGCGCGACCGGUCAGAUCACCUACUCGGCUUCCGCCUUCAACCGGCUCGUCGGCAUGGACGGCGCCCUCGUCGAGGCGGCCAGCUACCAGGUACACACACGGCAGGCCGACAGCAUCGGUCCGGAGCUGUCCGAGCGCCUGAAGCGGUCCGAUCUGAGCAGAACCAGCUCGUUGCUGCGGCUCAACAACACCCUCAGUGUGCGGCCAUUGCUGUCGGUGCCGGCGCUAUCGGGAUCCAGCCUGUCCUACGGGCUGGGGCUUGCGCUCCACGACGUGCGAUUGGAUACCGACACGGGCGAUCCCAUCGUGCGCGGCCCGGCCUGGGACCGGGACGGAGUGCGGUCGCACCGCGUUGCGGCCGAUCUGGUGCUCGCCGUCACCGACGUGCGCACCCGUCUGGGCGCAGGAGUCGACCUGCCGCCCCGCCGGCUGACCGCCGACGGACGCCUUGAAGCCGAUGCGGGACCGUUCUCGAUGACGCUCCGCGGCGGCCUGGCCGAGCGAGAGGACGGAGCGGACGCCGGACAACUCAAGCCCACGCCGGUGGACGGUCGCGGCACGUUGCGCAUCGGUCCGCACGCGUCGGUUUCCCAGUCGUUUCGCCUGGACGAACAGCAGCGCCUGGAACGUCUGAGCACCCAGGCGAACGCGUACGGGGUGACCGGCACCGUGCGUGCGGCGGUGCGGGAGCCGCUCGACCUGUUCGGUGAUCCGGUCGCGGGUGCGCGGCCGAGCCUGCGCCCCACGCAACUGGCGCUCCGCUACCGAUUGGAUACGGAGCCGCUCGCCUACUGGAAGAACCGGAUACAGCUGGAUGCCGGGGUGCAGACCCGUCUGACGGUAGACCCGGAGGCGUACGUACGUGACAACUCGUUCUCCUUCGAUCUGCGAUUGGGCCUCCGGAUCCACCGAUUUCUGGAGCUCUCGUUCACGUCCACGUCGGUCAAUCGCCACCUGUACCGCUAUCUUCCCGCCGCGGCCGAGCAGGCCGGCGAGCGCUGGGUCAACCCGAUCGUCGAUCUAGCACGGUCGUUCAACUUCCUGAAUGACGAGGACCGGAUCGCAUCGGCGUUCAAGCUGGAGUCGCUGCGCGUCGAGGCGCUGCAUCGGCUGGGCGACUGGAACCUGUCGCUGGCCUACCGAGGCCGGCCGGAGCAGCACACGGAGUACAACCCGGACACCGGCCGGGAAGAGCCGCGCAUCGUCUGGACCCCGGCCCUGUCGGUCGAGGUCCGCUGGGUGCCGAUUCCGGAGCUGUACGGCAGUUUCCGCAUCGAUCGCCAGGGUAUCGACAUCGACGACGGCUGA